ACCUCAAUUGCACCCAAUCAGAAAGUAGAGACAGUUUUAAGGCACCCAUUAAGUCCAAUCGGUAGAAAAACAAAACCUUUGAUAAAAACAAAAGUCACAUUUACAAGUAACUGUUAUCUGGAUUCUGUUUGUAUAGGUCAGUUUGUAUAUGUCUUGAUCAAUAGCCAGAGUUUUUCGUGGCUCUUUAUGGCCUUUCGCCCGAUGUUGUUUAUCUGUAGUAAAGGGGAGGGGGGCUUGAAACCGCCCUCCCUUGCCCCAUUUCCUCAGUUGUUUUCCUUCUCUCGCCUGGAUUCUCCAUGUUGUUGGUGCAAAAGUGAGGACUUCACCGCGACGCGGGAGGAAAGCUGCUCAGCGAUCCACCAGUUAUAGUAGCAGCACACCCAAGAAGACGGAGGGCACACAGUGUCAUAUAACCUCCAAAAACACAUCCAAGUGCCUUGCCCCCUCUUCGGGCAGCAGACCUCGGACGGUAGAACAAGAAGCGAAGAAGAGGUGGGAGAGUAAAACCCAGGAAAAGGAUAAAUCUUAUCUCAUCGAGGAUUGUAACUGAGGCUGGUGACAACAAACAUUUGUGAAUACUUGGCAUACUGCUCAACUUGACAAAUACAUAUAUUUAUAUAACCCAAUGAGGGAUGCCCAUCUGUGCUCGAGGACAGGAUUUGAGGAUUUUGAGGGUUCUGUGAUUGUCAGAUGGAAAGUUCUAUUAUCACACAAGUGCAGAAAGAAGGCGUUCAAGCGUUGCCAAAAACAGGCCAGGUGAGCCGCUCUUCCCUGAAACAGCCUCGAAGUUGUAACAUCUUCAAAGCCCUCUUCUGUUGCAUCCAAGCUCAAAGUCCCACCAAACCAGCAACACCACUACCACCUACUUCCCAACAGCCCUUGGUAGAGACCCAGGAAAAUGGGACAUUUGUCAAGGAAUCUCAGGUCAGUCUCCUGCCAGAGGUGAUGGCCCAGGAUCAGGGAAAGAUAUGUGUCGUCAUAGACCUUGAUGAGACACUGGUGCACAGUUCAUUCAAGCCUAUAAGUAAUGCAGACUUCAUUGUACCAGUGGAGAUAGAGGGGACCACACACCAGGUGUAUGUACUGAAGAGGCCAUAUGUGGAUGAAUUCCUGCAAAGAAUGGGAGAACUAUUUGAAUGUGUGCUGUUUACAGCCAGUCUCUCAAAGUAUGCCGACCCAGUGACUGACCUGUUGGACCAGUGUGGUAUAUUCCGGGCCCGGUUAUUUCGGGAAUCUUGUGUGUUCCAUCAGGGUUGUUAUGUGAAAGAUUUAAGUCGCCUUGGCAGAGACCUUCAAAAAACCCUCAUUUUGGAUAAUUCACCUUCCUCCUACAUCUUCCAUCCAGAUAAUGCUGUUCCUGUGGUGUCAUGGUUUGAUGAUGUGGAUGAUGUUGAACUACUCAACCUCCUUCCAGUGUUUGAAGAGCUCAGUCAAUCUGAUAACAUUUACACUCUGCUGGACCAGCUUCGUGGACAUUAAUUUGAGAUUCUGCUUAACUUUUUCAAAUACACUAUGUGUGCUGUGUGCAAUGAAUAGAUACACAGUUUCCAAAUAGGGAUGUCAUGACCUCUGGAACAUUCUGUGUUCCAUAACGUUUUCUAACAAUGCAGUUAAGAACAUUCCUAAAACUAUAUUUCCUUGGUUAAACUGACACUUUAAAAACUCUGAGGCAUUUUCCUUUUUUACCUCAUUAACAAUAUGGACAACCACUUAUUGAAAGCAUAAUUACAAAGAGUAGAAAACAACAUCCAAAGCAAUCCCAUCUAACUUGCUCGAGUAUGAACUUUAAUAUGAAUGCUAAAGUGGUUUGUUUGCCAAAGCAGAAAACUGCCUGCCCUGACUUGGCUUUUGGAUAUUGCUUGUUUUAUUACUGUUCCUUUUAGGGGCAAAAACAACAAGAAAGGAAAAAAUCAUUAGCUCCUUUUUUUAAAUUACAAAAAUAUUUCUACAUGUGGUUGUUUUUAUAAGGAAGACUGUUUUUAAAUGUUAAAUAAGGUUUGUCUAUGCAACCCAACUUUGUUAUGAAUUGGAUAGUACCUCUAAAGUAGCCAGUCUAUUUGCUUUAAAUAAAACUCACUACUGGGCCUUACUUACCAUUAAAUUAGAAUUUAAAUAGCAAAAGAGCUAAUUUUUCUUGUUUGCACUCGGGAGACAAGUUCUACAAAAUAAAUUGUGCGUAGAUUGGUUUUAUUGGUUUAAAACUAGGUAAAUGAGACAAUUAUUUUUUAGAUUGUUAAUUGAAAUGGAAACACUGGACAUGUUGGCACAUAAGAUGGCUAUAAAGGUCUCGGUCCAAAAAUAUUUAAUUGUUGCAAUGUCUUUUUAUAUGACAAACAACUUGCAUUUGUUUUACAUUGACGGUGCUGAAAGUAAAAACUGUGCCUUUGAAAUUGGGACCGAGAAUAAUGGUCGGCCUGAACUGAGAUUUAUAGACCUACACACUCAGAUGUGUCAUGCUGAGCAUGACAGAACACUGUCAUGAGUGAGUGUAAAGCUUCAAAGUGGCUUUGGUACUUGUAGUGCAACAAGUAAGCAACGAGUCAUUUGUUUCUUAAAUUUAAUAUUUUUUGCAUGUUUAACUGUUUUGUUUUUUUUAUCAGCCAAAACCUUUAAUUUUUCACUAAUUCUUAAUACUCAGUAUUUUGUAUUGAAAUUAAUUUUGCCUGCAUUAGGCUUUCAUUCUAUCCAUGUGUUUAAUAGUGCCUGAAAACAUUUUUGUUUGAUUGCUUUGUGCUUCACACACUUGUGCCGUUUAACCAAUUCACAGAUCCGAAACAGUUGUGCCACUUCGGUCAUUUGAGAAUCUGUACAGUACCUUUUUUGGGUUAUUUUCUUUGUAGUAUGGCUUUUAUAUUAUCUUUAUGUUUGAUGAUCCUAUUACCUGCAUGUUGACUGGUAAAAUAUGACAAUGAAAAUGCCUCAGCUGUAAUGAGCAAAAGUAUUUGUUUAAUGUCAGUUUGUGUGUGGGGAAAAAACAUAUAAGAAGCCUUUCUUUUUGUAUCUGAUUUGACGGAGAAAGUCUUAAAAGGAGCUGCCAAUUUUAUAAAUAAAACUUCUUUAUAUUUUACAUUGUUUUCAUUGCAUUUUCUUCCCUGGAUACACUGGAACCAUAGUUUUAAAAACACAUGUUGGUUUUAUAUAGGCUACUAUUUUUUCAUGGG